AAGCCCCCUUGACCUCUGUCCCAUCCUGCAGCCCCGAGAGCCCCGACCCGGCAUGGACGCUGUGGACGCCACCGUGGAGAAGCUCCGGGCGCAGUGUCUGUCCCGAGGGGCCUCGGGCAUCCAGGGCCUGGCCAGGUUUUUCCGCCGCCUGGACCGGGACGGGAGCCGAGCCCUGGAUGCGGGGGAGCUCCAGCGGGGCCUGGCCGAGCUGGGGCUGGCGCUGGACGAGGCCGAGGCGGAGGCCGUGUGCCGGCGCUGGGACCGCGACGGCAGCGGGUCGCUGGACCUGGAGGAGUUCCUGCGGGCGCUGCGGCCCCCCAUGUCCCAGGCCCGGGAGGCGGUCAUCGCGGCCGCGUUCGCCAAGCUGGACCGCAGCGGGGACGGCGUGGUGACGGUGGACGACCUCCGGGGGGCGUACAGCGGCCGCGCCCACCCCAAGGUGCGGAGCGGGGAGUGGACCGAGGAGGACGUGCUCCGCCACUUCCUGGACAACUUCGACGCCUCCGAGAAGGACGGGCAGGUCACGCUGGCCGAGUUCCGCGACUACUACAGCGGCGUGAGCACCUCCGUGGACACCGACGAGGAGUUCGUGGCCAUGAUGACCAGCGCCUGGCGGCUGUGAGCAGCCCACUCGCUCAGCUGGCACCAGCGUAGUGUAGGACCCCCACCCGACACCCCUGAGCCAGGGGCCCCUCACCUGGGAUUCGAGCUGGGCAGCCCCCGGGGUGGGGCUGGAGGGGAGUGUGGGAGGACGGAGGCCGC